AUUAUAAUGUCUAAAAAAGAAAAACCCACUCGAAGCCCUCCAAAUCUUGGUUCUCUUCACUCGCCUUCUCUCUUCGAAGAAUCCAAAUUCUCCAACUCUCAUGGCGGAUCUCAAGCCGGAGAAGACGGAGAACGGGGAGGAAAAGAAGCCGGAGGAGACUGGCAGACCGGUCCGGGUCUAUGCCGAUGGCAUCUACGAUCUCUUCCACUUUGGUCAUGCCCGAGCUCUUGAGCAGGCUAAGAAACUGUUCCCAAACACCUACCUCCUUGUAGGUUGCUGCAAUGAUGAAGUGACGCACAGAUAUAAAGGGAAGACUGUUAUGACAGAAUCAGAGCGAUAUGAAUCACUUCGUCACUGCAAGUGGGUUGAUGAAGUCAUUACUGAUGCUCCCUGGGUCGUCACAAAAGAAUUUCUUGAUAAACACAAGAUUGACUAUGUAGCUCACGAUGCCCUUCCAUAUGCUGAUGCAAGUGGAGCAGGCAAUGAUGUCUAUGAAUUUGUUAAAGCCAUUGGCAAGUUUAAGGAAACAAAGCGUACGGACGGAAUUUCGACUUCAGACAUCAUAAUGAGGAUAGUCAAAGACUAUAAUGAGUAUGUUAUGCGUAACCUGGCUCGAGGAUACACCAGGGAGGAUCUUGGUGUCAGCUACGUCAAGGAAAAGAGGUUGAGAGUGAACAUGGGACUGAAGAAGUUGCGGGAUAAAGUGAAGGAACAACAAGAAAAGGUUGGUGAGAAGCUCCACACCGUUGCAAAAAAUGCAGGUGUUCUCCACGACGAGUGGGUGGAAAAUGCUGAUCGUUGGGUUGCUGGUUUUCUUGAAAAGUUCGAGGAAGGCUGUCACCAGAUGGGUACUGCAAUCAAAGAACGGAUUAGAGAGAGUAUCCAGGAUAGUCUGAAGAUGCAACAAGCCAGAAGCUUCAGCCUGUUGCAGUAUGAAGAAGACUAGAAUAAGCUAUCGGUCUCCAUUGUAAAUUAUAACUUCUAUAUAUGUAGUCAUGUCAUGCAGGCAUCUAUGUGGUUGUUAUUGAAAAAAAAAGCGUGUUCUAAUCUUAACUGACCUUUCUGUGUUUGAAACUCUGGUUAGAACGCUGGGUUUUGUUUGAUCAAACUUUACAUAUUUAUUCAUAUUUCUUGUUGGUAUAGUAAGUCUAGGAUACUA